AUGAUCGGGUUUCAGGGCCGCAUGGCAGGGCGUCGCGCUACAGAGGCCCGGGAAUCACAUGUUUUCACGAGGGACUUCCAGGACUACGUCGAGAGCAGGGAUAGGACCUACUUCAGAACUCGGGAUCACUUCUCAGACUACGCAGAAGCCAAGGCCCGAGACCCGUCUAGAUCCAAGAAGUAGGACAUCUAUUGUGCGCUUCUGUGACUGGUACUUGUUUGGGUUGUGACUGAUGUUAGAAAUGGCGGCGGUGACGAUUCACAAUUGAAGGAAAAGGGCAAAGGCACGGCGAAAUAGCCGACCUUUCGAGUUGCCGGAGUCCCAGUAAACGACCGAAAAUUGCGCGGUCACCUGGUGUAACUCAGGCGCGCAACACGUUGGCCACAAGGAUCCAGCGUGGUAAGAGGUGAUCAAAUCAGAGUCUGAUGGCUCUGGAUGGAUUCCCGACUUCGAAUAGAUUCAUCCUGUGAUCGUGGACGUGUUGUAGGAUGCAGCAAUGUUAGAAGUUCGCACUCAGGGAAUGUGUAUGUGAGUCCUUAUCUCGUCUGUAAUCCCUAUAAACAUCGGGUGGUAAGCGAUCACUAACCGUCUCUG